ACCGAGAAACAGCGCGCUCCCGCUGUAGCACGGCGCUUAUUUAGAUAGUUUAGUAACCAGAAAUCCCCCUGGGAAUAAAUCCAUGUUUUUACACCCGUAUGGGGGACGGAGAGUGAAGCAUUUGGAAAACAUGGACGCGACUUUAGAGUAGAGUUUUCACGAAUUGUUGAAGUUUAAAAAAGCAGGUUCCGGUGGCGAUAUUUUUUCUGUCAGGAAGUUUGACGUAUUCGGCUGGAGAUUAUUUGCUACUUUGUUUUGGUUUGGGGGAAAGUUGUGGACUGCAGCCGGCCACAGAAACUGCACGCCAACGCUGGGACUCCAACAAAAUAAUGCGUUUUCUUUCACAUUAGAGUCAGUUUUAAUACUUAUAGGAACCGUAAUCCACGUACGAAGCUCUGCGAGGUGUAAAACAUCGAUGGAGUUAAUCGAACUCCCUUAAAGUAAAUCGAGGUUAGCGUAUGUGUAUAGUAACAUAUACAUGUUUGUUUCAUUGAGUCAGUUUUUGCAACAUGUUUGAACUGCAUCAUGUCGCGCACGCAAUAAAUUGUACUUAUUAUUAGGCAUUCAUAUGCAUUCUUAUAUGGUUUUCUUUUUAACCAUAUUUAAAUUGCAAUAAGAUUAACGUAUAUGCAGAAAAAGGAUAUCUGCAGCCUACUGUAUUGUGGACUCCAACCUGGCAACGCAGAGAAGGAAAAUCUGCAAAUUUAGCAGGAAGAGGGGCUAAAAAUCACGGAAAUCGUUCGCUCUUUUCCUCUGGCGAAGCUCUUGCUUACAAAUGGAUUUUAUACAGGCCACACAGUUACUGUUACACCUUGUUUGGUAGUUACUUGUUCUUAUUUUGUGGUAUUCAGCUCCCUGAUCUGCAUGCCUAGCAGAGUCGUGUGUGAACAAAGAAAACAUGUUUUGGAAAUUUAAGUUUUCCAAAGGUCCGAGGCUGCAGCGGAGCAGAAGAGUGUCUCUGGGCCACAGCUGGAGUAGCCUGAUGUAGGCUUUUCCCCAUCGGAACAUUUUUUCUGUAAAAAUCACAGCUGUCUGUUUGUUUUUACAACCUGGAGAUUAUCCGUUUGUGUGAGUGCGUUAAUUUUCCGUUGAAGAAGAAGAGUUAUCUGGGGGGGUCAGCCCCGCCAUGGCGCCCCACUCUUACACACGCUCACCGGUGUGACGGUUUGCCGGUGGCCACCGAUGGACGUGAGCGACGGCUGGAACUACUGCGUCAUCCCUGCUGCGAGACACCGGUGACGCAAACCGCAGGCUGUUGGUGGGUUUGCACACCGCAGACAAGGUUCUGAAGACUUUGUUUGAAGACUACGUGAGCAAACAUCGCCACAAUGAAUGAGAGGCAGGCUCUCCACUCUAUAAUGAAGGACCUGGUUGCCCUCCAGAUGACGCGGCGCCAGCCCGUGUUGUCGUAUGACAGCAACAAACCCAAGAUACCGGCCCAGGCCAACAGACAGGACGAUGUCCGGAUAAAGUUUGAGUUCUCAGGAGAGAGGAGGAUCCUGAUGUUUGGACGGCCUGUGCAGUUCGAGGAAAUCCACCAAAAAGUAAAGACUGUCUUUGGCCAGCAGCUUGACCUACACUAUAUGAACAAUGAGUUGUCCAUCCCUCUGCGAAACCAGGAUGACCUAGACAAGGCGAUAGACCUGCUGGACCGGAGCUCCAACAUGAAGAGCAUCAGGAUCAUGCUUCUAACUCAGGAGCACAGCAAUGCCUCCUCCCCCUCCCACCAUGUGCCGUCUAAGCAGGUGAGGAUCAAGUCCUCGCAGUCCACUGGAGACGUUAGCACGGCCUACCAAUCGUCAGAGCCCAGGGGACGCCACCUAUCAACUGGUUCUCAGAACACCGGGCGAAGCUCACCACCGCCUGGCUACGUGCCUGAAUGCCAGCAGAGGAUUGCCCGCCAAGGUUCAUACACCAGCAUAAACAGCGAGGGGGAGUUCAUCCCUGAGACCAGUGAUCAGUGUGUGCUGGAUCCUUGGAGCAGUGCAGAAAACUCAGUUUCUGGCAGCUGUCAGUCUUUAGACAGCAACUCAGACAGCCCCUCACUGAGGAAGUCUCGCAUGCAUAGAGCCAAGAGUUACCCUGAUAACCGUCAGGAGUGCUCAGACCGGGAGAACCAUAUGUAUGACAGGGUAGCAGGGAAAGGAGGCACCUUUCCUCGUAGGUACCACGUCUCCCUGCAUCAUAAAGACCACAGUGAAGGCCGGCGGACGUUUCCGCGGAUCCGCCGGCCCCAGGGGAACCUGUUCACUCUGGUGCCCUCCCGCAGGUCGCUCAAUGGCAGCGAGGAGAGUGUGGGCAGCUGGCAGCUGGUCGACGCUCAGGGCAGGUUGCGUCCCCAAGAUCGUUCUGUUGCGCACAAGUCACCCAGUGCUCCGAUGACAUGGCGGCGGGGGAAGCUUCUGGGCCAGGGAGCGUUCGGUCGUGUUUACCUGUGUUACGAUGUGGAUACUGGGAGGGAGCUGGCUGCCAAGCAGGUCCAGUUUGAUCCCGAGAGUGCUGAGACAAGCAAGGAGGUCAGCGCUUUGGAGUGUGAAAUCCAGUUGCUGAAAAAUCUGCACCACGAGCGCAUUGUUCAGUACUACGGCUGUCUGAGGGACCACAAUGAGAAGACCCUCACCAUUUUCAUGGAGUACAUGCCGGGGGGUUCAGUCAAAGACCAGCUGAAGGCCUACGGGGCGCUGACAGAAAACGUGACCCGGAAGUACACAAGACAGAUCCUGGAGGGCAUGUCCUAUCUGCACAGUAACAUGAUCGUACAUCGGGACAUCAAAGGUGCCAACAUCCUGCGGGAUUCAGAGGGCAACGUGAAGCUCGGAGAUUUUGGUGCCAGCAAAAGGCUGCAGACCAUCUGCAUGUCUGGCACCGGCAUCCGCUCUGUGACCGGCACCCCAUACUGGAUGAGCCCCGAGGUGAUCAGUGGAGAGGGCUACGGGAGGAAAGCUGACGUCUGGAGCCUUGGGUGUACAGUAGUGGAGAUGCUGACGGAAAAGCCUCCAUGGGCUGAAUAUGAGGCCAUGGCGGCCAUAUUCAAGAUCGCCACCCAGCCCACCAACCCACUGCUGCCUUCACACACCUCCGACCAGGCACGGGACUUCAUAAGCUGCAUUUUUGUGGAGGCCAAACACAGACCGAGUGCUGAGGAGCUGCUCAGACAUCCCUUCUCCCAGAUUCUGUGCUGAAACCGGCCCGGUUUCUGACUUUUAACCACAGAGUAGCCAAAUCAGUAUCUGUAUCUUCCUUGAACCCAUCCAUGGCGGAGGUGGAACUGGACAAGAUGUCAGUGUUAAACCCACCGUGCCUCUUCCCCGACAUCCAACAGCAGUGUCUAUUUCUUGAAUUCCAAUGCCAGUACAUGCUCCUACAAGAGUCACCACCAGGGGGAAACAAAACAUUAAGUAUCUGGUGGGCAGCUGAUCCUUACAAACACUCUUGUGUGAACAAAUGAUGCACUCCAAAGGCAGCAUCAUUAAGUCAUGCUACAGUUGUAUAUCCAUCAAGUUUCCUCUCCUGUCUUACUUUAUUUUCUUUGUUCUACUUCUUUGGGCAGGUAUUAUCAGGCAUUUGACAUCAUUUCAAAGCUUCAGCACACCCUUGGUGCACAACAGUGUCAAUUCUCUCCCCGGGCGCCGCACACUUUACGUUUUUCUCCAAAGCAAAAAACACUCCCUCCACAGUCACUAUUGCUGUGCUCAUAACUGUAAAAGGAUGAGAUAUAACUGUGUAAGAUAAGAUGAGGGUGGAGCUUUCUUGUUGAGUUCUCUCUCAUUGUUAUACAUUUCUCUCAAUGUGACUUAUCCUUCUACCUGCCAUUCUCUUCUUUUAGAACUUCAGCAUCACAGGUUUUCUCAGCCGACAUUGUGCCAAAAAGGGGCAGAUGAAAUAUUAUGCCUCAAGAUCGAUCAGUUUUAUGCGGAAGUUGAGCAGAUGAUGCUUUUAACAGUUAAAAGUAAAAACCUAAAAACUUAACCUAAUUUCCGUUGGCUUUCGCCGAAUGUGCCUGGCCCAAACAUUACCUGACUGAGAAGCCUUACUUUGAGGAUCCAUUUUAAAUCGGAUGCACUUUUAUGUAAAAUGAAUGUUUUUGUUCUCUUUACCAAAUUCAAAAAUCGUUUUAGCUUCAAAUGUGAAAAAUGUUAAAAACUUUAUUUAUGUCCCCACGUCUAUCCCAACUAGAUGUUUUAUAAACCAAUAUAUAUAUAUAUAUAUAUAUAUAUAUAUAAAUAUAUUUUUUAUAUUUAGACUGUGUCAAAUCUAAUGAUACUUUCAGGGCUUUGUGUUAAAAGUAAAUCAUUGAAAGCAGCUGGUUUUGCAGACAUUGGGGUUUAUAAAAGAAAAAUGGGUGAAAAACAAACUCUGCCUGUCUGGUUCCUGUUCCAGCUGAAAAAAUCCUUUCCACACAUUCUUAGGAAACUUUUACUUUCCUCAUAACGCUUUGACACAUCAAUGAGGUGUCAUGAAUGAAGCCUUUAAAUGCUUAACUGCUGGGAGUAGUUUUAUAUGAUCUCAGUAAUAAAAGGUAAUUGAAGGGUGUGUGUGAGCCAAAGAUGAGCCGGAUCAGAGCCAGCGCUGGAGUGCAGAGUUCGCGGUCCAUCCCAUACGACGACUUUGUUUAUCCCAGGGUUCAGACGAGUCCAGUAUUGAAUGAAUCUCUGGGCAAAAUGCUUGCUGCUGCCUUAAUGCUAAUAUACGAACUUUCUCUGGGGCUGCUACAGGCUAAAGGCAGCUAAAAUAUGUUCUGUGUUUAAAAAAGUGUUUAAAAGACAGUAGGAUGAAGAACCCUGUGGUAAGCAAAUGAAUACAAACUAGUUGUUUAGAGAUCUAUAUAUUAUAAAUGUAUGAUGAUGUAUCACGACAGGACUUGCAGUGCAAAGUCUAAUGUAUCAAAUUUAUUUUACAGCAAGAAAAGAAAAGUAUGUUUAAUGACAGUGUUUAUAUAUUAUGUAAUGCCCUCUCUCCAAAAAUAAAUAGUUUUUAAAAGUC